AUGAAGAUAGAUACAAAAGCUAUCAUUGAGCGGACAAUCGAGAUUCAUCGGACAAAUAUCAAACAUAUCAACGAUGGGAUAUGGAGCCAUCCUGAACCCGCUUGGAAAGAGAAAACAGCGCACGAUUUAGUAUGUGACUACUUCGAGUCUUUAGGACCGGACUACAAGGUGACAAGGCAUGCGUACAACAUCGAAACCAGCUUCCUCAUUCAGGCGACAUAUAUACCACCCAUAGCUUUUAGUUCUAGCGAAGCAUCUUGCCUCAAUCCUCCAACGAUAGCAUUUAACGCUGAAUAUGAUGCCCUAGCCAAGAUACUUGUCGAAGGCUCCAGUCCACCAGAAUACAAACCUGGCCAUGCUUGCGGACAUAACCUAAUUUGUUCAGCCUCUGUCGCUGCGUUCAUUGCCACCUGGGAAGCUCUUAGAGCAUGGAAUUUCCCUGGUACUGUGAAGCUUAUUGGGACCCCCGCUGAAGAAGGAGGUGGAGGGAAAAUCAAACUCUUGAGGGCAGGGGCAUAUAUUGGCGUAGACGCCUGUCUAAUGGCUCAUCCAGGCCCACCUUUCUCUGACCCAAACGUAGUCUCGGUGGCGUUUACAAGAAGCACCGCUUCUCAAAAAGUUAUAGCUGAAUUUGUAGGUGUAUCCGCGCAUGCAGGGAUGGCACCUUGGCUUGGGCGCAACGCCCUCGACGCUUGUAUCACAUCCUACACAAAUGUUUCAGCGCUUCGUCAACAGCUACACCCAUCGACUAGAGUCGCUGGAAUCAUUACCCAUGGCGGAACCGCGGCCAACAUAAUCCCAGAUUACGCUCGAGCAGAAUACACUAUCCGUGCCACAAAAAAAAAAGAUCUCGAAGACCUUUGCAAAAAGAUAGUAAAAUGCUUUCAGGCUGGGGCAGAUGCGAUGGGUUGCACUGUGAAAGCAGACGACAAACGGUUAGCUUACUGGGAUAUUAUUUCCAACGAAGUUCUCUGCAACCAAUUCACGGAUUGGAUGAACGCCUUCUCUCUCAAGACAGUGUACCACCUUCCAGAGAUCUCCGAUGAUCCUGGCCCUGCGUCAGAUCAAGGGAAUGUCUCUUAUUCUGUACCCGCAAUGCAAGCUGCGUUCCAAAUCAUGAGCGAAUCAGUCAAUCAUACACCAGGCUUCAUGAAGGCGGCUGGAACGGAGGACGCUUUUAAUCGGGCUUUAAACGUCGCAAAAGGUUUGGCAGGCGCCGGCCUCAACGUGCUGACUAACGCGACCAUCCGCAAGGCCGUUAAAGAUGCCUAUGACCGCGACAUCACAGAGAAGGCCCAGGCACAUAUCCGUGAUUAUAGCACUGAACUUCCAAGUAGGGAUAGAAUCGCCCAGAUGCUAGAAUCUUCCAUACCGCAUCUCCGGCCUACGUAUGAAGCCGGGGUUGUUAGUACACAUGAAGCAAUCGGUGCCCUUAUGGCUGCCGACGCCUUCUCUCUAUAA